GCCAAGCUCUCGCACACACCGAUCAGUCGGUCAUAAACGCCAUUAGACCAAGCUCAAGAAGAAGAAGAAGAAGAAGAAGAAGAAGAAGAUGCGGCAGCAGCAGCAGAAGAGGAAGGUGGCGUCCGUGUCGUCGGCGCUGGUGAUGUCGCUGCUGCCCAUCCUCUACGCGUCGCUGCUCCGCCUCCCGCCGGCCGCGCUCGCCAGGGACACCACCUUCUGGUUCCUUCUCUCCAACUGCAUCAUCGCCAUCAUCGCCGCCGCCGACUCCGCCGCCGCCGCGCCAAUAACAACUUCGUCGUCGUCGUCCCACGGCCACGACGACGUUGACGAACCGGCCCUCCUCGCCGCCGCCGUCGUCCCUGCUGCUCCUCCUCCUGCAGCGGGUGAUGAUCAGCUCCCCGCAGAAGCGCCGGUGGCCGUACGAAACGACGAUGAGAUCAACGAGCCGCCGUCGGCGCCGGCGGUGACAUCGUCGGCGACGCCGUCCUCCGACAACCCGCCGGCGUUCAUCGCCUCCGACGAUGUCGCAACCGAGGGUGAACGGCCAGAUCAGCAACCACAAGAAGCAGCAACCGACGGCGAAACCCACGGAGAGGCUGUCAAAGGAGACGACGACGAAGACGAAACAGCAAGCGACAAAACCACGACGACGAACAAGAGCCUCCCCUCGUCAUCGUCAGAGGAGCUUGCGAUUGUCACCUCCAACAACGACGACGAUUACGACGACGGCGGUGACUCUGCGUCGUUUGGCGAGGAAGACGAAGGGAAAGUAGUGCCGUGGGGCAUGCCGGCGCCGGCGACGACGACAGGCGGCGGCGGCGGCGGCAAGCAGUACUGGCAGCUGAGCGACGAGGAGCUGAACAGGAAGGUGGAGGAGUUCAUCACCCGGUUCAACCGAGAGAUGAGGCUGCAGAUCCUGCAGGAAGCCGGUGUCUGACUCACCCACUCACUCACAGCUACACCUCCAUCACAGUGGCGGAUCUGCCGUGAGGCGGCGAGGGAUCGAGUCUCCACUACUGACAAUAGGACUAUGAGAGUCUUUCGAGUCCUCCUAAAAUUUUCUACCACAUAUAUCUAUUGGAAGAAGUUAUGUACAUGUGUAGUUUGUUCAGUCUCCUACUAUUUCUUCUUGGAUAUGAUCCACCUUCUAGUAUAUAUGUUCAUAUAAUAGCAUGCAACUAUUAUAUAUUUGUAUUGCAUAUAGAUGUACAGGUUAUAUAUAAUACAAGCGCAUCAUAUAUGUUAA